AUGUCCUACAAUUCUAUUGAUGAGAACUCACCGACUGUUUGUGUAUCGAAUAUGCUGGAGUUUCUUGACCUAUCGGGUAACCGUAUCAAGCUGUUCCCUUCACGACUGUUUCCGAAUUCAACGGCCACAAUGGUACAUCUCCACCUGGAAAAGAAUAUGAUUGCGGAUUUGAAGCCGUUCGAACUGAUGAAUUUUACUCGUCUUCAAACGCUGAAUCUGGUCUCAAACCGCCUCGAACGACUUCAAGAUGACGUCUUCGCUGCGCUUCAUGAGUUAUCAGCUCUUGGACUAGCGAAUAACUCGAUUGAACUGCUGGAACCAGCCGUCUUUGCUGACCUGGCUAUAGGCGAAAUCGACCUUUCUCACAAUCGUCUCACAGAAGUUCCAAUUGCGAUCGCCCGUUUGUUCAAGCUUAAAAAGAUCGAUCUCAGCCACAAUAAGAUCAAGAAAUUGCCCCAGUUUGUGUUCAACAAGAUCUCACAUCUUCACAAUAUCGACCUCAACCAUAACGAGUUGUCAUCGGUCAGCCCAUACGUGUUCUCAGAUUGUGCCCAUCUGAAUUCUUUGAAUCUGUCGAACAACCAUAUUUCGCAGUUGUUUCAUGAUUCGUUAACCAAAUGCCCUCAACUGAAACGCAUUGACUUGUCGGACAAUCGCUUGGCGAGUCUGGCGGAUGCUUUGUCCCAAGCUUCUGCGGUUCGCCGCUUAGAUGUGUCCAGGAACCGUCUGGAAUUGUUGCAAUGGAGCGAACUUCCUCCACGGCUGGAACAUCUUAUUGCAGAUUCGAAUAUCAUCACUCUCUUGGGAGCUGCGUCAAAAUCCAAAGUUCGAACAGUGUCGUUGCGUGGAAAUCGAAUAGAACAACUAUCAGCUGAUCAGGUUCCGGAUACUGUAGAGACAUUGGACUUGACUGCAAAUCGCAUCCAACAUAUCGCUCCGGCGACUUUCGCUUCGAAAACGGCAUUGCGGCUGCUCGAUCUCACUGAUAAUCAUCUGGCAGAACUGUCUGAGGAAUCAGUUGUGGCCGACGGAGUGCACAGCAUUGACGUGAGCCUUCAGGGCAAUCCUUUGCGUUGCAGCUGUGAAUUUCACUGGAUAAAGAAACCUGAAGUGGUAAAGAGAAAGGUGAAUAUCGUGGGCAUGUCGGAAACGCUUUGCAUGCACCCUGUGACUAGCAAGGUGAUUGCGUUGGAUGCCGUGGAUACAAAAGAUCUGCUCUGUAACUACUCUCAGGUUUGUGAGCCAGAGUGCGUUUGCUGUCAAUUUGGGAACUGUGACUGCAAAGCAGUUUGUCCGGCUGGAUGUUCAUGUUUCCGAGAUGCCCUCUUCGAGACAAACGUUGUGCGUUGCGAAAAUUUGACUGGUUCUGAGAUGAAGAUUUUCACCCCAGCUGCCGUACCGAUCUCAGCUACGCAUGUGUACCUGUCUGGGUUAUCGUUACCUGUCCUGAGGAGUCAUUCGUGUUCCUUGUUGCUUGAUCUUUCGGACAACGCUAUAGUCCGUCUAUCUGGGGAUGAAUUCCACAAAAGUGCAGCCAUUUCUCAUCUGUUCCUCAAUGGUAAUCGUCUGCAAACGAUAGAAAGGGGCCUUAUAGACAAGCUUCCUGCUCUGACAACACGACAUGUCGAGCAGGCUUUGAUGACAUCUGGAGUGCGGUCUUUAUCGCUAUCAGGAAAUGCGUUCCGCUGUGAUUGUAGUCCACGGUUCGCGGCUCCAUCAUGGAUGCAUCAGAAUCGAGCCAGAGUUGUAGACAUGGAUCGCGUGCGCUGCGUGGAAAAUAUCACUGAAGCAUUUCGUAACAACGACACAACUGUGCUUUCCGCUUAUCCACCAAAUGUUGGGAACGACAUUUUUACGAUGACUAUGGACGAAUUCCUCCGCGAUUUCAACCGUACCAUCUGUGUACCGCUGUCAUCAGGAUUUUUUGGACAAGAACCACAAAAUUCGAUAUUGACAGUGAUUUUUCUUACAUCAUGUGCUUUUCUUCUUUGUGCCAUGACAUUCUUGCAUUUCACUGGUCAGGAAAGCCCACAAUGA